UAAACCGCCGAUCGACGUAUUUAGAUAAACCGGCUCUCCGUAUAAAGUAAAGGAAAACUGUGCGGUAGUACGGGGGGAGUUUGAAAAUACGCCAGCAGGACAAAAAAAGACCCUCUGGGUGAAGAUGGUUUUGUUAGUUUGGCUUGUAUCAGUGUUGUUUGUUUCUGGAGUCACAUCCUAUGCAGUCGAUUUCACAGAUGUCCAGCAGCAAGUAAGUCAACCGACAGACAGACGGACAGACGACCGGGUUAUUGGUAUACUGAGGAGUAUAAACAGUUUAAUCAAGUCGGGGAAAGACGAGUUAACGACAGAUUUAACACAGAACAGGUUCCAUAGUAUACGGCAAAAAGGAAUUGACAACUCGCAAUCGUCCAAUCGGCUACCAGAAGAGAAACGUGACAUGAGCGUACUCCCGCCGUGGAAUGAAUUCUGUCGCAUGGUUGGUCUAAAACAGUGUUUCCACAGCCGCUACUGAGACUGCGCAGUAACAACAGGUCACGGAGUGCAGGGGUGGAGUGGGGUGGGGGAAGAGAAUGCUAUCAUCCUGAAAACCAGUUCAUUGUUUCGCGUGUGGCGCUUGGUAGCUUGCUGGAGGAUGGUUAAUACUCGUGUUAAAUGUGCAUUGUUAAUAUUACAUCUGUAUGAUGGCGAACGGUGGUUCAAAUGACUGAUACAGUCGAGAUCAAGAUAUCGGGUAUGACAGUAGUUUCUGGAGAGCUGUGGUAAUAAAAUUGCGAUUUAUGUUUUAA